UGCUUGGCGUCCUGCUAUCGUUGUUCGUUAUCCUGCUGUUCAUGUGCAAUCGGAACUCCUUCACCCAGAAGCAGCUCAGCGCGACGUGUUACUUCCUGCUGGCAGCCAUCGCGGUGAUCGUAGUGCUCGCGGUGACGGCCGCCGACCCCCGUAUCGCCAGCGAGGCGGUAUGGAUUACGAUAUUCUGUAUCUACCUGGUGUAUACGCUGCUGCCCGUGCGCAUGCGGGUGGCGGUGCUGAGCGGGUCCGUGCUGGCCGUGAUUCACACCGCGUGCGCCGGCGGGAUCAACCGGGAAGACGAGGGGUUCCUAUGGAAACAGCUUGUAGCAAACGCGGUGGUGUUCGUGUGUGCAAACAUCGCGGGCAUAUUUACACACUACCCGGCGGAGGUUGCCUAGCAACAGUUGUUUAUUUACCUGUUGUUUUGUUGUUUUCCCCGCAGCUUGUAGCGAAUGCAGUGGUGUUCGUGUGUGCGAACAUUGCGGGCGUGUUCACCCACUACCCGGCGGAGGUUGCCCAGCGACAGGCGUUCCAGGAGACGAGGGGCUGCAUCGAGGCGCGGCUUAUCACGCAGAAGGAAAACCAGCAGCAGGAGAGGCUUCUGUUGUCUGUGUUGCCACGGCACGUUGCCAUGGAGAUGAAAGCUGAUAUCGCCGUCAAGCGGGAAGAUAUCCAGUUCCACAAGAUCUACAUCCAGAAACACGAGAAUGUCAGCAUCCUGUUUGCUGACAUCGAGGGUUUCACCAUGCUGUCAUCCCAGUGCACGGCGCAGGAGCUCGUCAAAACACUCAACGAGCUCUUCGCAAGGUUCGAUAAGCUCGCCGCGGAGAACCACUGCCUGCGCAUUAAGAUCCUGGGCGACUGCUACUACUGCGUAUCCGGGUUACCGGAGCCACGCCCCGACCACGCCCACUGCUGCGUCGAGAUGGGCCUCGACAUGAUCGACACCAUCGCCGUUGUCCGCGAGGUGACCGGCGUGAACGUGAACAUGAGAGUCGGGAUCCACAGCGGGCGCGUGCACUGCGGCGUGCUCGGCCUCCGAAAGUGGCAGUUUGACGUCUGGAGCAACGAUGUCACUCUGGCAAACACCAUGGAGGCUGGGGGGAAGGCUGGGCGUGUACACAUCACCAAGGCAACGCUGGACUACCUGAACGGUGACUACGAGGUCGAGCCAGGUCACGGCGGGGAGCGGAACAACUACCUGCGCGACCACAACAUCGAGACGUACCUCAUCAAGGCGCAGCACCCCAGGAAGACGCCAGAUUUUGGGGGUUUCUUUCGGCUCACUCCGGGGUCCACAGAAAGUGUGAGGGGCAGUGCGAACAAGAAGAUGAUUGACACCAUGAACUCCCCGCUGCUGACCCCGAGUAACCGCCGGCGGGACAGCAUCGACCGGAACCGCUCCUCCAGCGUGGCACAGCUCGACUCCUGGGGCGCAGAGAAACCCUUCUCCAACAUCAUCCCCAACCUCUCCAAGGAGAUGAAAACCAUGGGUUACGUUGACCAAGACGGGUUGCCGAGGAACGGGCAGGGAAACAUCAACAACAAGUAUGUUUGUGUACUUCUGUGGGAAGAAAAUGUAGCAGUGUUGCCAAACUUUGCAAAACUGAAAACAGAUGUAUCUGCUUCAGAUGGGGAAGUUUAUUCACUAAGACUUAAUGUCUGUGCUUCCAAAAUGACAGGCAAGCUACACUAUUACAUGAUGUACAUGAUGGUUCGUGACCACAUGUUCAAGUCGUACAUGGGCUGCGCCUUCACCAUGUUCCUCUUCAUCUGCUUCACACAACUCAUCAUCAUCCCGCACUCAUUCCUGAUGCUGACCGUGUUCCUGGGCGGGUUUGUCCUUGUGCUGUCCCUGCUGUUCCUGGCUGUCAGCGAGAGCAUCAGGUUGCUGCCCCGUUGCCUGGUGAGACUGUCCUCCGUGAUCGGGGAGAGCCGCAUGAAGAGUAACCUGCUAGGCAUUCUGACGGUCCUCAUCAUCUGGGCUGUGGCCUUCGUCACCAUGUUCUCCUGUGACCUUGAGGACGUGCAGGAGUGCGUUGCGCAGAAGCUGAACCUGUCGGCUGCUGAGAUGAACAUCUCUCUGCUCCGCGGGGAGGGGCUCGACCUUGGGCAGGAGGAGUUCCACCGCAACUACUCCAGCAACUUCUGCAACGUCGGCCAGCAGGAGUGCCACUUCCCUGAGUACUUCACGUUCAGCGUGCUCCUGGGCAUGCUCAGCUGCGCGGUGUUCCUUCAGAUCUCCUCGAUCGCGAAGCUCGCCAUCCUGACGCUGAUGGCGGCCGUCUACAUCACGCUGGUCGAGGUUCUCGCGGUCAACCUGUUCGACAACCACGACCUGCUGCUGCAGGCGCACCACGGUAACGAGGCGCCCUUGACAGUUGGUCUGAAGGUCGUGACCCCGGUGGUGAUUGUGGUGUUCCUCAUCGCGCUGGUUCUACACGCGCAGCAGGUGGAGUCCACCGCACGGCUCGACUUCCUCUGGAAACUACAGGCUACAGAAGAGAAAGAGGAGAUGGACAACUUGCGGACGUACAACAAGAAGCUGCUGAACAACAUCCUCCCCGAGCACGUGGCGGACCACUUCCUGAAGCAGGACCGCCGCAACGAGGAGCUCUACCAUCAGAGCUGCGAGUGCGUGUCCGUCCUCUUCGCCUCCAUCACGAACUUCUCCGAGUUUUACCAAGAGCUGGAGGGGAACAACGAGGGUGUCGAGUGCCUCAGGCUGCUCAACGAGAUCAUCGCAGACUUCGAUGAGAUCCUGGGAGAGGAGCAGUUCAGCAGUCUGGAGAAGAUCAAGACGAUCGGCAGCACCUACAUGGCGGCGAGCGGCCUGACGGAGAAAACCUGCGACCUCGACAGCAAGGCGCACGUUCUCGCGCUCUCCAACUUCGCCAUGCGCCUCAUGGACCAGAUCCAGUACAUCAACGAGCAUUCCUUCAACAACUUCAAACUCAGAAUAGGUCUGAACGUGGGCGUCUGUGUGGCUGGCGUGAUCGGCGCCAGGAAGCCGCAGUACGACAUUUGGGGGAACACGGUCAAUGUGGCGAGUCGCAUGGACAGCACAGGAGUCCCCAACAGAAUACAGGUUACUCAAGACGUGUACAAGAUUCUCAGUGCCAAGGGUUACGAGUUGGAGUGCCGAGGGGUCAUUAAGGUCAAGGGCAAGGGCGAGAUGCUGACAUACUUCCUGAACAAGGGACCAGCUGACCUUUCACCCUCCUCAGGUCGCAGCAGGGCCAACCCCAGCUAGGGGCAAAGGGCAAGGGUCAGCCAAUAGGGCCAAAGGUCAUGCUGAAUCACCCUUAGGUUACUUGGUACAUUUCACACCUGUAUAUUAUACCUAAUAUGGUCAAUAUAACCUAAUAUGGUCAUCUGACUACAAUAGUCAGUGUUAGUGGUAGCAUCAGAUUUAUUUAUUCUCCGUGUUGAUGUUUGUUUUAUAGAUUUCCGGAGGAAUCUCUACGGAGGCUUGUAAAGCCUCGUCAGCACCAGGUCUAAUUAAGCACUAACGAUGUAUUUAUGUACAAUAAGAGGCUAGUAGACCAACAUGAUUGUGUAUUUAUUAUCCGCAAUGUGCAGUCUUGUCUGUUGUAAUCUCACAGCAAAUUCCUUUGGGCGCCAUGACAACCGGUAGUUUGAGUCACAACUCAGGCUGGAAAAUGCUUGAAUCUUAUUGGCUGCUUACACACAUGACAUCAUCGGAAGGGAACCAAUCACAGAGCUCCUGCAGGUGGGGGCAGACUGAGGGCAGCUGUCGCCAAAGUUUUUUUUUUGUCAUUCGCUAAAAGGUAGACAUUUGGGAGAUUCCUUUGUCCUCACCUGAAGGGCACCUGUACCUGCCAGGUGAGGUCACCAGGUGUGCUGUACUCACCUGUACCUGCCAGGUGAGGCCAUCAGGUGUCCUGUCAGUGUGAACUCUGUAGUCGGUUCCCACAAAGCCAUUUUCCCACCUGCUCAACCAUAGACAGAUUUUCCUUUGAUAAGAUCCAUGCAAAAACUUCUGGGUCAAGGGUCACUGCUGGGUCAAGGUUCAUGCUAAACUGAGAUUACUGUGAGGCAGACCAUGGUGGUCUGGUUGCCAUGGUAACGUAGUCUGCAUGUAAAUAUG